AUGUCUCUACCAGUUCCCUCGAACGACGCCGGCAAGGAGCUGAAGCUCCUGCAUUACAUCUAUGAGCAGCCAAACCUGGAUGAAAUCCGCGGACAUCCCCAAAAAGUUAUCGAUCUGAUUCACGAGUUUGAGAAAAACUACCGUUUUAUGAAUGUUGGUGCCGAAAAGGGCAAAGUCGUCACCAAACUCAUCGAUGAACUCAAGCCAAAGACCAUGAUCGAGCUCGGCUGCUACGUGGGCUACUCUGCGAUCUUGUUCGGCGAGGCAGUCCGUCGAAACGGCGGCGAGCGCUACUUAAGUCUGGAGUUGAACCCCGAGUUCGCCGCAAUUGCCAAUAUGCUCGUUGAGCUAGCUGGACUGCGUGACUUUGUGCGUAUCAUCGUCGGUCGAAGCGACUUGUCGCUACACAAACUACUCACCUCGGGCGAGGUGAAGAAAGUGGAACUGCUUUUCAUUGAUCAUUACAAACCGGCGUACACCACUGACCUCAAGCUGUGUGAGCACUUCGGGGCUAUUGUGCCGGGUUCAGUGCUCGCGGCUGACAAUGUCAUCUACCCGGGCAACCCGCCAUAUCUGGAAUAUGUCCGCAGCUCAGUGGAACAGAAACGUGAAGUGGCUAAGGCUGGACCUUCCCAGGCAUAUAACACUACCGGGAUGGCCGAACGCACGGUAGACUCCUUUGUGGGUAAAGAUGACGUGCCCACUUUCCAAUUUGUCGGGAACCCAAACUUGGUGUAUGAGAGUCAGCUAUGCCAACCUGAGGGAUUGCGGGAUGCUAUUGAGGUUACGAGAUGUGUGGGGGUGCAAGAGGCAUAG